ACGCUUUUGCCCUAAUAGCACAUCAUACAUCCAGCAGACACCGCCUGCGCCGUUCUUCCUUUCUUCUUCUCCUCCCCCCUGCUGCUCCGCCGCGGGACUGACUGACCGGUAGAAAACAUUUUGCAAAUAGAUCCAACAAUGAACCAUGCAGAAAUGGAAGAUGAUGAUCCCGUAGUCUCCGAUUCCGAAUCUGAUUCAGAAGAAGAUGAUGACGUGAAACUGAAUGAACCUUCAAAGACUGCAGUAAACGACAAGGCUGGCUUACUUGACAAGCUUGGAGACAUCAAAUGGCCAGAAAAUGCGGAAUGGAUACAGACCCUUUCCCUCGACAUCAAUCAAGACCAAGAAAUCAAUGUCAAUGAUGAUCUUAACCGAGAGCUCGCUUUCUAUACACAGGCUCUCGAAGGAGCCCGCCAAGCCCUUACAAAGUUCCAAUCGAUGGACCUCCCUUUCUUGAGGCCAUCCGAUUAUUAUGCUGAGAUGGUGAAAACCGAUUCCCACAUGGAAAAAGUGAAGGGCCGACUCUUGGCAGAGAAGAGAAAGGUCGAGGAGGCCGAGGAGAGACGUAAGGCAAGGGAGAGCAAGAAAUUGGCCAAAGAGGUUCAGGCACAGAAACUUAAAGAAAGAGCUAAACAGAAGAAAGACGACAUCGAAUCUGUUAAAAACUGGAGAAAGCAAAGGAAGCAGAGCGGUUUUGCCAGCGGCGAUAAUGAUGGAGACCUAAGUAUGGCUUUCGAAGACGGGAAGCCAUUUCAAAGGUCCGGCAAGAAAAGGCCUGGAGUGGGCCCCGGCGAUCGCUCGGGAGGGAAAGGAAAGCAAUUCGGUGGAAAGGGGAAUAACAAGAAAAGAAAAGACAGGGAACAUAGAGAUUCGAAAUUCGGGUUUGGAGGGAGGAAAGGUUUGAAAAAGCAGAACACGGCCGAGACUACUAACGAUUUCCGGGGCUUCCGGAAAGGCAAAUUUUCGGGCAACAAGAAACAGAAAACUUGAAGAGGAAAUAAGGUAAUUCUGAACUCUUUCUUUCCUUGUCUACUGUGUGUUAAAAUUCAGUAUGGUUUUUCUUUUUUCUUUUUUUUUUUUUUAUCGAUGAUGGCCUCUUUUAUUUGCUGUGUUGUGUUCUAUUUGCUUUCGAAAAAUGGUAUGUGGUUAUGUUAGUUUAUGUCCUUGAGGCUAAGAGGGAGGUAGAGCUAUAGAAAGUUAACCCACAAAUUGUUGGAUCAAACUUGAACCUGUGUUAGAUCACAUUUUUGGAUUAGAUUUAAAUUACACUGUGUAUGUUUUCAUGUGUUUUUGCCUGUUUCAAGGCUAUGUCUUUGUUUGGGAUUGGAAUUAUUUAUUUAAAUUUUGAUUUAAUUAAUAUUUAA